ACAAACAGCUGUUUGAUUGACAUUGAAUGAAUUUUCAUUUGACGAUUUCUUUAAAAUUCAAUCCACCCAAUCCCAUUAGCUUGUAGUGAAAAAGAAAAUUUGAACAAAACAAAAUCGAAAAUGAGACGACGAGCCGGUGUUGGUGCCAUUCACAAACAGAAACUGGAAGCCGAAAAAUACAAGGACAAAGGAAUCGAGAUCCAAGAUUCACAGUUCGAACAAAUGGCCAAGAAUAUGGACGUGUUCCGAGAGAAUCUCGAAGAAUUUGCGGCCAAGCACAAAAACGAAAUCAAGAAAAAUGCACAAUUCCGUCGCCAAUUCCAGGAAAUGUGUGCCGCAAUCGGUGUCGAUCCACUGGCAUCCGGUAAAGGUUUCUGGAGCGUACUAGGAAUGGGUGACUUCUAUUACGAACUUGGUGUGCAAGUGGUUGAGGUGUGUCUGGCAGCGAAUCAUAGUACGGGUGGACUAAUGGAAUUGGACGAAUUGCGAAAUAGAUUGGUUCGAGCGAGAGGACAGAAUGCCAAGCAUCAAGAAAUAACCAACGACGAUAUUUUAAUGGCAACGAAGAAGUUGAAGAUAUUUGGAAAUGGAUUUGUGGUUUACUCAAUCGGACGUGAUCGGUUUAUGGUUCAGUCAAUACCCGGUGAGCUAAGUUUACAAGAAACUCAAGUUCUGACGGUGGCUGCUAAACAACCAGAAGGCUGUGUGACAGAGGAAUUGUUGCAGAAAGAACUGAACUGGAACAGUUUCCGUUCGAAUCAGGCAAUCGAAAAGGUAGUGAGUGAUGGUCUGGCAUGGGUUGAUGAACAGGGAGCAACAAAAACUUACUGGUUUCCAAGUUUAUUUCCCGGACGGUCGAUACAGCAACAGUGAAAUUCAAAGAAUUUAUUUUAUUUUUAAUGGUUUAAGUAAACACUUUUUUAUAGAAAACGAA